AAACCCCAACCCACAACUAUAAGUAAAGCUUUAUGAGGGGUCGCUCUAAAAUUGAUCUUAAAAUUAACUAGUCCGUCGUUCCAAAAAUUGGUUUGACAAUGUUGCAUUUAAAAUAUCUAACAAUAUAACAUUAUUUCGAAUAAAACUUUUGUAUAAAUUAUAAGUUCAAACAAAAGGCACUAUACUGCUUCUUCUUGACUAUUUUAGGUGUAUAUAUACUCCAUUGCUGAAAAUUCUACUAUGCUCAUCAUACUUCUUGCCAAUCCACCAGGCAAUUGGGUUAAAUUGCCCUUGACCAAAAAAAUGAUGGUCCGUCGGUGCCAAAUUCGGCAGGCAAUUGGUGGGCUCCAAGAAGCUCGUUGAACUACCCUUGUAGCCCGUUGGCAAUAAGUAACGACAGGCCUGACGUCAAGUAGCAGAAGGCUAACCUUAACCCCGUGCACCAAAGUGAACCAAAUGGCUCCAAUUUGGGCACCCCACAGCUGUUGGAUUUUCAAUAGUUUGUUGAUCUAGACCAUUAAAUUUCAAACGAUAAAAGAAAUUUAAAAGAUGAUGUUGUGCCACGUGGCACUUUGUGGCGCAUUUGAUAUUAAAAUUUUGAAAAAUUCAACGGUCAGGAUUAAUCCCAUGGUAAAAAAUCCUAAAAAAAUUUACAACAAAAAAUAUCUAAAAAACGUACAAAGUUCACACUUAAACAAAAAUCUGAGCUGAUAUUACUAAUAGAUAAUGACACGUGGUGCAAUGAGAGUGGUUGAAAAUGGAAAAGUAUCCUCUACGGCUCCCUUCCACCAAAUCCACCAAGUUCAAAGAUCCUAGUCAUUGAAAUUUGAUCCAACGACUAUAAACAGGCCACUAUAAAAGCUAUAAUAGAUUGGAUCAAAUUUCUAGGGCCGGAUCCGAACUUGUGAAUUUGGUAGAAGGAAUCCGGAGUCCUUUCCGUUGAAAAUCUCAUCGCCUCUCCUUUCAGCUCUUCAAGGAAAACCCACUUCUUGGGCCGUCUUCAACCACGUAAAGCUUCACUCUUUUGUUAGUUUCUGUGUUUAAAAUUGUUGGGGUUUGCAGUUUUGGAUUGAAAUUUGUGUUUUGGGAUUUGUUGGGUGCUCGCAUGUGGAAAUUUGGAAAAUUUUAGUUGUGGAUUGUGGGGAACUGACUCAGUGGCGGUCCCAUUUCAUAUUAGAAAAGAUGGGUGCUCUAGACGUGCAGAUAGUGGUUCAUCAACACCAGGGAUGGCGGCUGAUCUCAUGUAUGUGGUUACGUGCUGGAGUUUUCCAUGUGCUUGCCAAUAUGCUGAGUCUUUUAUUCAUGCAUGUGUUAUCAUGCAUGUAUGGCCACAUCCAUAAGUGUUUGUAGUAAAGGAUAAAGCACACGACAUAAGUUGUAGAAUAAUAAAUUAGUUACCAAGUGCAAAACUUCUUUCAUAAAUCUAGAAGAGAAACACUUUCCGGAUGGCUUUAGCUACCUUGCAAUUAAUCUACAGAGGAUUUCUAUGCAUUUGUUUAUUGAAUUGUAAUCCUAGAGUAGUGGUCAUGUUGUGCUGGUUGCAUUAUAACUUACACCGGUAUGUUGUUUGGUUUGAUGAAAACAAGAGGACGUUUUAUUCAGCGGUGAGCAAAGAAAAGAGUUUAUACACCGAAGAUGGGAUUCAAACUUUAGUUUUAGACAUAGUAUUCCAUUUGACAGAAUAAAAUUGCUUGACACAGAAGCUGAGAGAUUAUUUCAGUUUUCCAUCACAUCUGUGGGAACAAAUAUUGUUUUGGAUAUCCUGUACAUGUAGACAUGGCGCCUCAUUUUGAAAUGUUUCAAGAUGCCGUCUAUUUGAAAAGAUUGAAAAAAUAAUAGUUUGAUGUUGAUCUACAUCAUGUACAGUGGUUUUGAUGAACUGUUUUAACUAAUUGGUUUGAAAGUCUAAUGUUUUUCUGAUUUGGUUUCCUAUAUCUCAUGUCUGGUUUUGGUGGGAGUUUGCUUUCAGCUCUUUUUAUUCAAUAUGGUAUUCUGUUGGUGCUUCUGGUGCACUUUUUGGUUUACUAGGAAGCAUGCUUUCAGAGCUCACAGUUGACGUGUGCACAUUUUUUUUUAUCAAUUCAGAGAACUGGAUUUUGUGUAGAUAUGUAGAUAUCAUGUGUCCUGUAAUAUUUUCAUUGCGAAUAGGCUCUGUAUCUGCUUGUUUCUCAUCAGAAUGGUUUGGAGAAGGCAUUGUGUUAUAGCUAUUCUCUGUGUAAUACUAAUUGAUCACUUUGUUGAUAGCGGCUUCUACUUUGCUGUUUUGGAUUGCAUGUGUUGGCAGUACUUUGUUGUUUUGUUAUUGGAAAUAAAGGUUCAUUUUCCUCGUAUUUGCGUAGUAUCAGUAUAUGCAGGCAUUUUCUGACAGAAAUCAUGAUUUUGACAGGUAUACUCUUGGCUUGGUUACUCUUUUUCGAGGGGUCAAUCUAAACAACCACUGUUCCUGGUGUCAUUUUUUGAGCUGUGUCCCUACAUCAAAAUGGAAUUGCAAGUCACAAAAUAUUUAUUGUCUGAUAAUAUGCGUCGAGCCAGAUAGGGAAUCAGCUGAACUUAACGUGCGUAAGCAAUGGUAGAAAUGGAACAUAUUCAUUGUCGGAUCCCAGCCCCUCCUGGACUCAGCAGCUAUAUGCUCAGCUUUGCAGUUGACCAUACAUGUACAUAUUUCAGAGUUGAUAGAAUGUUAAUUGAUAUGCUUCAUUCUUGUGGUAAGUAUUCUUUCUCUUUCUCUUGUUUUUUGUUGGGUAAAAUAGUCUUGUGUAUUCACCAAACACUCAAACACUUAUUUGCAAGUUUCUUUGUUCGUCAAGAAAGGAAAGGAAAGAAAUUUCUUUAAGUACAAUAACAAACUCUUAUUUACAAGUUUCAUAUGCUACUCUGCUAAGAGCUACCGAUGGGUUAUCUGAGGCUAAUUUGAUUUGCUGGAUGUUUUGUUGUGUACAAGGGAGUUCUCGAUGUUGAUGAUACGGCUCCAUUGGUUGCUGCCGUAAAGGUGUUUAACUUGUUACGCCAUGGAGCAGCAAAGUGUUUUAUAUCUGGAUGUGAGGCUUUGAGAAAUAUCAAGCAUCGAAAUCUCGUCAAGGUUAUAACUGCAUGUUCAAGUGUUGAUUCUCUUAGUAAUGAUAUCAGGCCUUGGUUUAUGAGUACAUGGAAAAAGCAAGCUUAGAGAAGUGGCUGUAUCCACCGACUGAUAUUGAAGAAGCAAGAGAGGCACCCAAGAGUUUAAAUCUUUUGCAAACGCUCAGCAUUGCCAUUGAUGUUGCUUGUGCUCUCGAUUAGUCGAUUAUCUUCAUAAUCACUGUGAAACACCAAUAGUUCAUUGUGAUUUGAAGCCAAGUACUGUUCUUUUGGACAACAUGUCGACUGGACAUGUUUCUGACUUUGAUUAGCAAGGUUUCUCUCACAACUGACCAUUAUAAAAGCUUCAACAAAUUAGAUAAGUUCUGCUGGAAUAACAUGAACGAUUGGUUAUGUGGUUUUAGAGUAUGGUAUGGGAAGUGAGGCAUUAAUAACUGGAUGUGUCUAUGGUUUUGGAAUUCUCUAGAUAGAGAUGUUUACAGGGAAGAGACCCACUGACAACGUGUUUAAUGGGGACUUAAAUCUUCAUGUUACAACUUUCAAUCAAUGCUCUUGAGUCUUGAGCCCCCAUGAAGUUUAAAAAUUAUGCAGUGUUCGUUUGCUGUUGGAGCUCCCUGCAAUUGGGACUCGGAGGGAAUGCGACGGAUAGGCUGACGCUGCUAGCAAUCAAAGCUCAAAUAAAGCAAGAUCUCCAUAAUUACAACGUGAUGAGCUCCUGGAACGAAUCAAUGCACUUUUGCAUGUGGCAUGGUGUGACGUGCAGUCGACGACAUCGCCAAAGGGUCACUAAACUGGACCUGCAAUCUCAAAAUCUGGUAGGGAAACUAUCCCCAAACAUUGGAAAUCUAAGUUUUCUAAGGGAGCUGUGGCUGCAAAACAACAGCUUCAGCAAUGAAAUUCCUCUACAAAUUGGGAAUUUGCGUAGAUUGCAGGUAUUGCGAUUAGACGCGAACUCAUUUAGUGGCAGUUUUCCAUAUAAUAUAUCAUAUUGCUUCAACCUUAUCCUUGUGAAUUUCACUCGCAACAAGUUGGUGGGUAAAAUUCCUUCAGAAAUUCGAUUGCUGUCAAAGCUGCAACAAUUUUCAUUAAAUUAUAAUAAUGUAACGGGACAGGUCCCUCCUUCCUUGGGUAACCUUUCGUCUCUCCAGAGACUAAGUCUUGUUGGUAAUAACUUGAUGGGAAACAUCCCCAGUUCUCUUGGCCAAUUGGAAAAAUUAACCUUCUUCUCAUUGGGGUUAAAUCAGUUGUCUGGUAGCAUCCCUUCCUCCAUUUAUAACCUCUCUUCUCUUGUUACAUUUUCCACGCCCUCAAACCAAAUUGAAGGGAGUAUUCCAUCAGAUAUUGGCAAAAGUCUUCCCAAUCUCGAAAUCUUCAGCGUCGGCUCUAACCAACUCGCUGGGUCCAUACCUCCCUCAAUAUUCAACGUCACAAGUGUGAGGCUUUUUUCCGUUGGGUUUAACAACCUAAUCGGACGGGUACCGAAUCUCCGAAAGCUUCACAACCUCCUCGUGUUCAACAUUAAAAGUAAUAAUAUUGGAAGCGGGAAAGAUGGUGACUUGAGUUUUCUCUCGGGCUUGACCAAUGCCACGCAGUUAAAAGUGUUGAUGAUUGACAACAACAAUUUUGGAGGGACAUUGCCCAUGUCAAUAUCCAAUCUCUCAACCAAACUUGAAAUGUUUUGGGUUCAUUAUAACCAAAUAUAUGCAAGUAUCCCAUCUGGGAUAGGGAACCUGGUGAGCUUGGAAUCAUUGCUUUUGGCGUAUAAUAGCUUCACAGGUAACAUCCCCUCUGACAUUGGUAAACUUUCAAACAUUGGAAGAUUAGCAAUUUGCAUGACCAAAUUAUCAGGAAAGAUUCCGUCUUCCUUAAGAAAUUUAACCAAGUUAUUCUAUCUUCGGUUGGAUGGAAAUUAUCUUGAGGGCAGCAUUCCUUCAAGCCUAGGGGAAUGCCAUGGGUUGCAAUUCUUGGAUCUUUCUUAUAAUCUCCUUAAUGGCACAAUACCCAAACAAGUUUUUAGACUCUCCUCCUUAUCAGUUGGUUUGGUCUUGUCUAAUAACCUCUUCACAGGUUCCCUUCCCUCGGAGGUUGGGAAUUUUCAAAGUCUAAGUGAAUUGUACAUUUCUGAUAACAUGUUAUCUGGAGAACUCCCCAGUAGCCUUGGUGGUUGUGAGAGUUUAGAAGUCCUGCAUUUGCAAGGAAACUUCUUCAAUGGGUCCCUUCCUUUGUCUAUGAGUUCAAUGAGAGCGAUUCAAGAUCUAGACCUUUCUCGCAAUAAUUUUUCGGGUGAAAUUCCACAUUUUUUGGAAGGCUUUAGAAUCCUGAAUAAUCUGAACUUAUCAUUCAAUCAAUUUUGGGGAGUGGUACCAACUGGAGGUGUUUUAAAAAAUGCGAGUGCUAUUUCAGUUGUUGGCAACACUAAUUUGUGCAGCCCUGUUGCUAAUUUAAAGCUUCCCAAGUGCAAGUUUAAAGAGACCAAGAAACGAAGAUUGUCUCGUAGCUUGAAACUAAUACUCCCUUUAUUAUUUGGUCUUGCUCUUCUAGGAAUAGCCAUGGUGUUCUCCUAUUUCUUUCUUUGUUCUUCAAGAAAGAAAAGGAAAGAAAUUCCAUUGAGCACUUUGGGGAACUUUAUUUUGCAAGUGUCAUAUGCUACUUUACUCAAAGCUACUGACGGGUUCUCAGAGGCUAAUUUAAUUGGUGCUGGUAGUUUUGGGUCUGUGUACAAAGGAGUUCUUGAUGAUGAUGGUGAUAAAGCUCAACUUGUUGCUGUGAAGGUGUUUAACUUGUUACGCCUUGGAGCUUCGAAAAGUUUCAUAGCCGAAUGUGAAGCUUUGAGAAAUAUUAGGCAUCGAAAUCUCGUUAAGAUUAUAACUGUGUGUUCAAGUGUUGAUUUUCAUGGUAAUGAUUUCAAGGCUCUAGUUCAUGAGUUCAUGGACAACGGGAGCUUAGAGGAGUGGCUGCAUCCACCUACUGGAACUAAAGAGUUAAGAGAUCAUGUACCCAAGAAUUUAAGUCUUCUUCAGAGGUUAGAAAUUGCCAUUGGUGUUACUUGUGCAUUGGAUUAUCUUCAUAAUCAUUGUGAAACGCCAAUAGUUCAUUGUGAUCUCAAGCCAAGCAACGUUCUCUUGGACAACGAAUUGACUAGCCAUGUUUCUGACUUUGGAUUAGCAAGGUUUCUCUCACAAGUAACGAGUAAUGUUUCAACAAUCCAGAGUCAGACAAGUUCUAUUGGAAUAAGAGGAACGGUUGGUUAUGCAGCUCCAGAGUAUGGCAUGGUGAGUGAGGUGUCAACGAGUGGCGAUGUAUACAGCUUUGGCAUUCUCUUGUUGGAGAUGUUUACAGGGAAGAGACCCACUGACAACAUGUUUGGUGAUAGCUUGAACCUUCAUAAUUUUGUCAAGAUGGCUCUCCCCGGACGAGUUACUGAGAUUGCAGACGCACCACUUCUUCAAGGAGGCACGAACGAGAAUCCCAAUCAAUGCAGUGCGAGAAUUCAUAAAGUUGAGGUGUGCUUGAGUUCAAUAUUUAGAAUUGGAAUUGCUUGUUCUGCAAAAUCCGCAACAGAUCGACUAAAGAAUAUCAAUGAUGCUGCAUCUGAACUUCAUUCCAUUAGGAAUACUUUUCUUGGAUAGAAACUCCUUUUUAUGUGCUUUUGUGAUAGAGAAAUUUCGUGUACUGCCCGUGAAGUCUAGCUUUUUUGUUACCACAAUAGAUGUGGAAGUAUGCAGUGUAAAUAAUCACCAAUGAGGUUCAUUGUGUGAAGAGUGUAUUGCUACUUCUUGUACUUGGUAUUUUUAUGUAAUAUUCACAUCGAUUAAAAGUC